AAGGAGAAUGGUCUCGGCGUGGUCUUCCUACAGUACUCGUGGACGAGAUUGAUGACGACGAAAAGGUAUCCAGCGUAAGCAUCGAUCAUAAACGAAAUACUGUCAGGGUCCACCAAAUACCCACCUUCGUUCACUACCUUCUUGUACUCAUCAACCCAAAUGUAAUUCUGAUGAUGAUAAUGUACGCGUGCAGUUUUGGUGUUGAGAUAGCCGUCGACAAUAUUAUCGGUGGAUUCUUCUAUACUCGUUUUGGACUUUCUCAAACUUUCUCUGGACUAAUCGGUUCCAUCUUUGGAAUGUUGAAUAUUUUCUCCCGUGCCAGCGGUGGUCUUAUGUCUGAUUAUCUCAAUCAUAAAUUUGGGGUUCGCGGUCGGUUGUUUGGACAAUUCAUAUGUUUCUUCUUCCAAGGGAUACUUUUCAUUCUCUUCAAAUACACAAGUUCGACUUUGUCGGGAUCCAUUAUUGUCAUGAUUGUCAUCUCCUACUUUACUCAGGCUUGUUGUGGUACGUCUUUUGCGAUCGUUCCUUAUUUGGAUCCGGCAGCUGUUGGCAUAGUUUCAGGAUUGGUGGGGUCGGGCGGUAACAUUGGUGGACUGAUAUUUGCCGCCAUAUUCAAAGCUUUCUCUCGUGACAUUUUAAACGGAUUUAUGGUACUAGGAUUAAUCGUGACUGCAUCUUCAUUCCUACCAUUCUUAAUGAGCAUCAAUGGUCGAACGAUGAUCUUUGGAAAGCUCAAGAGAAACUUUUGA